AGGGAAAAGCCCCAAGCAAAACAAACACCGGCCAUUUCUAGCUCUGAGAAACCAGGAAAAAGCCUGUCCUCCUUUUAGGACUUGGGUUUUUCUGGCUUCUCGAGGCAUUUUACGAUCUGGGUUCUUCUUAUUCCUUCCUAUUUCUCCUCUAUCUCUCCGGAUUUCUGAUCUAGGUCUCUGUUGUUCGGGACCCAAAUGGAUUUUUCUAUAGAAAGCGGUGGUUUUUGUUAACCAAAAAGAAAGUUCAGGGCCUCGGAUUUGAAGAAAGUAAUGCGAUGAGGGUAAGAGAAGAGGUAGACAUGAGCUGCUUUUCAUGUCGUCAACCGCCAUGGAAUUUGAGGAACCGGUUGCUGUGGAAAAAGGGCCUACGGAAAGAAGGGAUUCCAAUCUCCAAAUUGGUCCAUAGUAUCUCAAUGAAAUCAGAUGCUGCCAAGCAGAGGGCCAUCGCUGAAGAGAUCGUAAAAAUUGGCAAUGGGGCCGCCGCCACUCACACAUUCACCUUCCGUGAGUUAGCAGCCGCAACCAAAAACUUCAAGUCUGACUGUCUACUUGGUGAAGGCGGCUUCGGAAGAGUAUACAAAGGGCACCUCCGAAAAUCAAAUCAGGUUGUGGCAGUUAAACAGCUAGACAGGAAUGGAUUGCAAGGAAAUCGAGAGUUCCUUGUCGAGGUUUUGAUGUUAAGUCUACUUCAUCACCCAAAUCUUGUUAAUCUGAUCGGAUAUUGUGUGGAUGGCCAUCAAAGGAUUUUGGUGUACGAGUACAUGGCAUUGGGGUCUCUAGAGGAUCAUUUGCUCGAUUUAUCGCCAAACAAGGGGCCUCUCGAUUGGAAUACGAGGAUGAAAAUUGCCCAAGGCGCAGCCAAAGGUCUCGAAUACUUGCAUGAUAUGGCCAACCCGCCUGUAAUUUACAGGGAUUUCAAAGCGUCCAACAUCUUACUCGACAAAGACUUCAAUCCGAAGCUCUCUGAUUUCGGGCUUGCUAAGCAGGGCCCCACAGGCGACAAGAACUAUGUAUCUACUAGAGUGAUGGGAACCUAUGGCUAUUGUGCACCAGAGUAUGCAAUGACAGGUAAGCUGACUACGAAGUCCGACGUUUAUAGUUUCGGCGUAGUGUUUCUUGAGAUCAUCACAGGAAGGAGAGCGAUCGACUCUUCGAAACCAAAGAACGAACAGAAUCUCGUCACUUGGUCCCAACCACUGUUUAAAGAUCGGCAGAAGUUCACACAAAUGGCCGACCCACUACUUCAAGGGAAGUACCCAAAGAAGGGUCUGUACCAAGCUCUAGCAAUUGCUUCAAUGUGCCUUCAAGAGGAAGCUAGCACCCGCCCUUUGAUCAGUGACAUCGUGACUGCUCUCGAAUACCUCUCAAUACAAGAUUUCGGUCCCGAGGAGAGCUCUAAAGAUCCAAUCUCCCUGAAUCUACGCUCCCCAACUACAAAGUCACCAAAAAUGGCUAUUGGGAAUGCUGAUACACCACAAUCUCAACCAGACAUCAAUGAUGAAGAUGGAGUCAUAUAAAGACAAGGAAUGUAGGGAGAAGAGUGAGGGCAGUAGACAGGAGUGUCCAUAAAACUGAAGAAUUCUAGCUUAUCAGAUGCAGAAGGCCAAUAAGUAUCGCGACAUGGACACUGCAUUUGGAUGGAUGCUAAUUGGAUUAAAUUGCAAGAAUUCGAUGGAACGGAGAGGAAGUAACCAAAAUUGAGGUGGGUCCAUUUUGAUUUACAGUGACGAUCAUUACAAGUUAAAGUGAUAACAUUGCGAGUGGGGAUAGCUCCACAGGCCAUUUUAAGUCUUAUUGAAUUGGAUUAUUGCAUUUCAAUUCAAUUGAACAUCCAAACGCAGCGUAAAUCAAAACCCGAAGACCAAAUCAUUGGUUGAGGUUAUUCGUAAAUUUGAUCGCGGUUACAGAAUGUGGUUUUAGAACUUGGAGCACACAUUGCAUGGGUUAAGGCCAUAAUGGUGAACAUGAAGUUGGACUACAGGCAGUUAAAAUGGAAUUUGAACUUGGUCACUGGUGGCAGCAAUUGGCAAUCUGAGCCGUUAAUUUGCAUUGGAUGAGUUGGAUGGAGAUUGCGAAAGUGUGCGUGAUUGAGUGUGGUCGUGUUUGGUGAUUCAACCAUGGCUCCGUUCAUGUGAGGAUGGGACUAAAGACGUAGCUGUAAUCUGCAUUUAUAUGUCAUUUUCGUUAUUCCUUGUUCUCUACUAUGUUAGCAACACUUUGUGUUUAGCCGGAUUCGAAUUUUGGUUAGAUGUAUCUAUAUAUAUGGUGAGGCCCACAUGGUGGAUGACAUGGAUUUUCCCACUCGUGUGGCACGUGCAUAGAGUUUCACUUAAACAAGUCAAUAUUUUCACAGGUUCCAACUCUUUUUAGGCAGGUGCAAUAUAUUGGGGUGUGU